AUUCGAAACAACCUCUAAUUAAAAACCUCUUUCUUGUCUUUCGUGUCUCGUCUUGUUCUGUUCAAGAACACAUACUAAUGGGAGGAAACAUGUCACACAGUCUCUUCAGCUUCUUUAAAACACGAAGAUCUCAAAGAGUGGAAGUAGACGCCUCUUGGGAUGACGUCGUUUAUACUCGCAAAGCAAUGGCUAGUGAUGAAGACAAACGUUACUGGGUGGCUGAGCCAGGUAUUGAUCGCAAAGCGUCUGCUUUUAUUGCCAAGUUUCAUGCCACUCGUGUCUCUGCGUCCCAGCGCCAAUCUCUCUCUCCUUACCAAUCCGAGAAGGCAUGAUGAUGAUGAUCAAGGGCUAAUUUGAUUCUAUGAAAAUUGUUUUUAUUGAUUUGAAAUGUUCUAUGAGAGUGUAUUGAUUGUCUUAGUUGUAAUUAAUAAUCGAUCUUUCCUUACAAUUUUCUUCGUCUAGCUUCUCAUUCUUUUCCUUGUUGCUUUCAUA